AUGUGGGAAGGCAAUGUAUCCACUCCUACAACACUAAGCACUACAGCGUCGACAGCAGUCGCCAGCUUCGUAGCUGCUGUCAUCACAUAUCCUGUGGAAAGUCAAAGACUAAAAUGGGCAGAAGAAAUCCUCCAUUACUGGAAUCAUGAAGAAGAGAGCACAGUACACGUCAACAGAAACCUACGAUUGUUCACUCCACUAGUGAGGCUCUCUUUCUACGAGAUGGCUAGAGGCUUUGUAUCUUCUAGUCUUACCACAACGACACCUUCCACUGAAAUUGCCAAGGUGUACUCGUCAGAUAUUGAACGCCAAGUCUUAGCUGGCUUUAUUGCUGGAGUUUCCCAGACUCUGCUUUUCACACCGUUCGAGCUUUGGAGAACCAACCAAGUUAUGCUACAAGAAGAGGAAUAUUCUAGCAAAUGGAAGAAUAGGUUGUAUUCUCAAGUUCUGGGAGGAGGAGGCUCCAUUGAUCCUAAGGAACGAAGAGCACGGGCUAUCGGGGCGCUGAGUGUAAAAACUGGUCGCGAAGUUAUCUUCAACGUCACCUUUUUUCCUUUGUUCCACAUGCUACGCCAACACUUUCGCGGUACAUCACCAUGUGGUUUCUUCGGAAAGGAGGAUUUAUUUAGUUUGACGGCAAGUGGAAUUAUUGCAGGAUCAAUGUGCUCUGCAUUAUGCACUCCAAUGGAUAUUUGGAUAGCUCAUAUGAUGAAUAGCAGAGAACGUUGGAGUUUGUGGAGUGGAAAGACAACAUCUGCAGUUCCAUUAAGAAUACUCUCAAGAGGCUUGGUCUUGCAAGCUUGUUGUUUUGGACCAGCUUUUGGUGCAGUUGCCGUAGUUUACGAGUUGACCUGA